AUGGUGGUAGCUGACGUGUUCAACCAUCGUUUCUAUAAGAUCUACAACGCUGAUGAAUCUCUGAGCUGCAUCCUGGACCGAGACGACAUCUUUGUGUACGAGCUGAGCGUGCUGGAGGAGCAGCAGGAGGAGCAGGUGCUGCUGGCGCUCUACCUGAGGGAGCGCUCUCACUACAGAGAUUACGGCUCGGGCAGCAGCUCGUACGGCACGACGCUGUUCGGACACCCGCUGCUGCUCAGCGUGCCGCGCAGCAGCUGCAGCCAGGAGGCGCUCUACAACCUGUUCCUGCAGAGGCUGGC